AUGUCAUCCGGCCAAAUUGCUCUCGAAGAUAAAUUCUUUGAAAUUAAACGGAUUGAUCCUGAAGGAAAGAAAUUCGAUAAAGUAUCCCGUUUAUAUUGCGAAAGUGAAGAUGAAAUGGAAUUAGUAAUUGAUAUCAACACGGAUAUAUUUCCUGUUGACUAUGGUGAUAAAUUGACUCUUUCAUUAGCCACAAGCCUUGAAGUGAGCGGAGGUGCCGGAAGCAAGAAGUCAUCAUCGGGUGAGCACGGCGUUUCAUCAUCAUCAGCCUCUAAAAAAACAAAAGAUUAUUUUGAUCCAACACUAGGAACAGAAGAUAGGCCUUCACUCAUGGAUCAAUACGAUUACGUCAUGAGAAGCUAG